CCUCUGGAAUAUUAAUAGGAAUCCAAGGAGUUGGUCGGUAACAGAUCAUGUGACCUCUCCAAAUUGAGCUCCUUCCUUCUACGCGAUAGCUUGGGAGCUCCGAUGAUCUUAUCGUAGACGAAGAUUGCGCAUUCAGGGAGCUGCGAGGUCAAUCACCAGCCCUCAAUUGAUUCAAAAGUCGAUGAUUCCUUGCUCGAUCCAUUAGAUAGGAUUCGACAAUGAAGAUCUCGUGGCUAUCCUCAUUGCUGGUGGCCGUUCCGGUCAUCGCUCUGCCUCCACACCCCGCAGCUCCGCAGAGUCCCUUGCAACUUGAGGCCGAGGCGACGUCGAAUACACAGAACCGAUUGAAGGAGAUAAUCAAUGCCUCGCCUCUGCUGUCAUUUCACCGGGAUAUCGUUGAGAUCCCAUCGAUAUCAGGAAAUGAGGGCGAGGUGGGAGAUUUCAUCAUCCGGUUUCUGAAAGCGCGCAACUUCAUAGUCGAAAAGCAGAUCGUCCCGUCUUAUCCAGGGCGAACGAAUGAACGGUUUAAUAUAUACGCUUAUCCGGCUUCAAGUCCCUCUCCAGAGAUCCUCUUGACCAGCCAUAUUGAUACUGUUCCGCCGUAUAUCCCUUAUUCGCUUAGUUAUCCUGAGUCAUCCCCCAGUGGCUCCAUCGAUCGAGAUGAGAUCUUGAUAUCCGGCCGUGGUACUGUCGAUGACAAGGCCGCGGUGGCUGCGCAGAUAUUUGCGGUGCUUUCUCAUCUCCAGAAGGAUCCGGAAGCGUCCUUGGGCCUGCUCUUCGUCGUUGGUGAAGAGAAGGGUGGUGAUGGCAUGAAGUUCUUCUCUGAUUCUUCUCUCAAUACGGCGCCGCCGACUUUCCAUACAGUCAUAUUUGGCGAACCGACUGAACUGGCGCUCGUAUCUGGUCAUAAGGGAAUGGUCUUUUUCCGAGUUACUGCCAAGGGUAAGGCUGCCCACUCAGGAUAUCCCUGGCUUGGCCAGAGCGCUGUGUCUAGUAUACUGCCCGCUCUCGCUAUCAUAGAUAAGCUUGGUGAUAUUCCUGUAGAAGAGGGCGGUCUACCAUCGAGUCCGAAGUAUGGUAAGACAACUCUCAACAUCGGCUUUGUGCAAGGUGGUGUCGCCACCAAUGUCGUGCCAGCCUCUGCAGUGGCAGAAGUCGCAGUCCGUCUCGCCGCCGGAACAGUUGAGGAAGCGCAAUCUAUCAUUGCGAAAGCUGUUUUCAAAGCCACAAAUGGUGAUGAUUCCAUCGAGAUCGAGUUUGGUACUGAAGGCAACGGAUACUCCCCUCAGGACCUUGACACGGACGUUGAGGGCUUCAAUGUCACGACCGUGAACUAUGGAACUGAUGUCCCGAACCUCUACAUCCACCAAGGCGCUGGUGGAAGCGGACAUGGUCGUGUCAAGCGAUAUCUCUAUGGACCGGGAAGUAUUUUUGUUGCGCAUGGAGACAAUGAAGGACUCAAGCUGUGGCACAUUGAAGAGGCUGUGAAGGGUUAUGGACGAUUGAUCGAUGCGGCUAUCAAGCGAAACGAGUAAUGAAGGAAGUAUGCAAUGUGAUCUGAUAGGACCACUUUCGGGGCAAGAAUCAUACAUAUGCAUGUGCCACUGAAUAUAUGUCUAAGAUGACAAAAACGCUGUAAAUAAGCAUCAUCUACCCCGUGCGAGAAAAAUCUUAACCCUAUACACGCAUACCUAGGGUUAUACCUCGGAGCAUCGGAUAAUAGCAAUAACCUCAGCGAGUACACCAUGUUGGUCAGACUCGUUAUUGGUCUCCAAAUUUAGAAUUUAUGUUCUCAGCAAUCCAUACUUUCCCGUUUAAGAAAUAUCAAAACUUGCC